UCCAAGAUGAUAAACAGAAGAUGAUUCUCUCCUGAUGUGAAACCCAUUCCUUCCAAGAGUAACCUCUGGAGCCAAAUAAAGAAUACAUUAGUGGAAAGGUGUACUAAAGGGGAUAAUAAAUACUUUCUUAAUAAAAUCAGACUUGAACUCGCUAGGAAAAGCAUGAUCAGGAAUGGCAAGGAUAGCUACAUGGACUUCACAAAGGAGUCUGUUUCUUAUAAUGGGCUUAAGACCUCAGACUCAGAUAUGGGUAGCAACGAGUUCAUCAAUAAUCUGAAUUACAUUCAAUGCAUCCGGAGCUGUAAGAAGAAGAUUAAGCGAAGAUUACUGAAGAUGGGCAACUCUAGAAAGCACUGCCUCAACCGUCAUGAAGACUUUAGAGGAUAUAUUUUUGAUAAAUUUAUCAUACCUGCUAAAGAGAAGAUCGACUGUUUGGAAAUAAAUGCUUACCUCUUGCUUAUAAAUGACAGGGAAUAUUACAAAUCUAUCAGAUGUAUGGACUCGCCUAAUAAGAAAUCUAUUCGGAAGAACCAUAGGCUUCGGUGAACCAUCAAAAGUGAAGACCUGAAGUCAGUGUUUUAUCGAGAUCCAAAGGAUAUGGAUAAUGAGAAAGUCCAACUAAAGGAGUUUAAAUAAGAUAAUGAGCAACAAAGAGUAUAAACUGAAGCUUAUGAAACGAGGGGAAACUAAUCCCUUCCUACCAAAUUUCAGCCAAUUUGAAGGUAAAAUAGAGCUCCUUGGACCUUAAGCUAGGAAGAAUGAGGAAGCUCAGAAUGAUCUCAGCUGA